AUGGUGACGUCAGCGGUUAUCUACUGGGCUCUUCACGCGCUCUCAUUGGUGGUUCACAUCCGUGACGUAUGCGUGAUGACUGCUCCGUUCUUCGCGUCUAACACCGCCAUGGUCGCCUAUUUCUUCGGAAAGGAGAUCCGCGAUUCGGGAACCGGCCUUAUCGCAGCGAUCUUCCUGGCCAUCUGCCCGGGUUACAUUUCGCGAUCCGUCGCAGGAUCGUACGAUUACGAGUGCAUUGCGAUUUUCGCGAUGAUCCUCACGUUCUUCCUCUUCGUGAAGGCCGUUAACACCGGCUCUCUCGCCUGGGCUGCCGGCGCCGCGCUCACUUACUUUUACAUGGCAGCAUCAUGGGGAGGCUACAUCUUUAUUAUCAAUCUGAUUCCGAUCUACGUGGUGGUGCUGCUGAUCACGGUUCGCUACACCCCUCGGCUCUAUAUCGCGUACAACGCGUUUUACAUCAUCGGAAUGCUGCUGGCGAUGCAAAUCCGCUUCAUCGGCUUCCAGCACGUGCAGUCCAGCGAGCACAUGGCGGCUCUCGGCACCUUCUGCCUCAUCCAGGUGUUUUACUUCGUGGACUGGGUGAAGCACCAGCUGGCGGACCCGAAGCUCUUCCGCACCUUCCUGCGCGUCGUCGUCUUCUCCUUCGGUGGCGUCGGCUCCCUCGCUUUCGCUGUUGGCAUGGCCACCGGCUACAUCUCGCCGUGGACGGGGCGGUUCUACUCGCUGCUGGACCCCACGUACGCCAAGGACAACAUCCCCAUCAUUGCGUCCGUGUCGGAGCACCAGCCCACCGCCUGGUCCUCCUUCUUCUUCGACUUCCACAUCCUCCUCAUCCUCUUCCCCGCUGGGCUCUACUUCUGCUUCAAGCGUCUGAACGAUGCGUCCAUGUUUGUGAUCAUCUACGGGCUGACAGCCAUGUACUUCGCGGGCGUCAUGGUGCGCCUCAUCCUCGUCGCCACGCCCGCCCUCUGCCUGCUCGGCGCCGUCGCCGUCAGCGCCUCCCUCUCCCGCCUCUCCGCCAUCGCCCGCGAGAAGACCCCUGAGCCUGCUGCCAGUGCCGCUGCUGCUCCCAGCUCUGGGAAGCUGUCUGGGAAGGCGAGGGACAAGCUGAAGGUGAGUGGGGAUGCAUGGACGGAACACUGGGCUUGCCAUGUGUCUGUAGCAGCCCUGGCUUCUUGUAUUCAUGCGACUCACCCUUCUCUCCCUUUUAUCUUUGCGUCUCAACCGCUGCCACUCCCCUUCCGCCCGCGCCCGCCCUCGGCUCGCCACAGGGGUGCGCAGGACAGCUCGCUGCCGUACCAGAAGGAGGGCGCGGUGGUGCUGAUAGCGGGGAUAUUCUUCUGCCUCAUCAGCUUCGCGCGGCACUGCACGUGGGUGACGUCAGAGGCGUACUCGUCCCCGUCCAUUGUGCUCAUGGCCCGCCAGCACAACGGCGACCGUGUCAUCUUUGAUGACUUCCGUGAGGCCUACUUCUGGCUCAAACACAACACCAAGCCCGACGCCAAGGUGAUGUCAUGGUGGGACUACGGGUAUCAGAUCACGGCGAUGGCGAACCGCACAGUGAUAGUGGACAACAACACGUGGAACAACACGCACAUCGCCACUGUGGGGCGCGCCAUGGCCUCCUACGAGGAGCAGGCGUAUGGCAUCAUGCAGCAGCUGGACGUGGAUUACGUGCUCGUGGUGUUCGGUGGGGUCACAGGGUACUCGUCCGAUGAUAUCAACAAGUUCCUGUGGAUGGUGCGUAUCGGAGGGGGUGUGUUCCCGGACAUUAAGGAGCCGGACUAUCUCAACAAUGGGGACUAUCGUACCGACGCCAAUGGCUCGCCCAAGAUGCUCAACUGCCUCAUGUACAAGAUGUGCUACUACCGCUUUGGCGAGCUGCAAACGGAAUAUGGCAAGCCAACCGGGUGGGACCGAGCACGAGGGUACGAGAUAGGCAACAAGGACAUAGAGCUGGAGUACAUUGAAGAGGCGUUCACCCUCCCCUCAUCUGCCUUUCCCCCCUCGUUGUCUCCUCCCCCCUUCACCUCACACAGGUGGGACCGGGCGCGCGGGUACGAGAUAGGCAACAAGGACAUCGAGCUGGAGUACAUCGAGGAGGCGUUCACGUCGGCCAACUGGAUCGUGCGCAUCUACCGCGUCAAGCAGCCCGACAACCGCUGGUAG